ACACAGACAUGUCUAGUGAUAGUAUAGUAUACACUUGUUUCAAGUUGAAAACCAUUAAAAGUGUGACGUGAGGUCAGGUAGUGUGUCAACACGAUGCCGCAGAGGGUUAAACAGAACACGCAAAGCGACCUUUCUGUGCUUUUAUUUGCCAAAAUCUCAUCCGGUACGGUGUCUUAAAAUGUGUCGAUAUCGUAAACCAAAUACGGAAAUAUAUUCUGCCGUUAAAUCCCCCUUUGCACUCGCAUAUCGCCUUCAUCCUGCGUCAUCAUCGUGCGACUGUUUCAGGUCAGACGUAGUCAGUCGGCACUUGCAAAGGGCACGAGCGCGUUACGUGAAUCCUCAAAGUGCCUCCGCUUCAGGGGCUUCAAUCCCUCUUUCAUCCCGGGUUUGAACGGAAAACAGCGAGGAACCCGGAGUCCAUGGGAACGUCACAUUGUAACAACCGGGAGUAAACCGAGGAACUCACGUCAACGUCAGGGACACGAGAGUAGCUGGAAACUCAGCGACUGUGAUUGAAUUGGACACUCUUUCCACUUUCGUGCCUCUAACAGUUGUUAUUAUCUUCCAUGGAUGUGGCGGAUUGCUGAGCAGGAAGGAUGACAUCGGAGGCUGCGGUUUCCACAUCUCCUGCCAUAAGCAGAAGCAAACCUGCAAAGGGGGACUACUACUUCCUUCGCUCCUUUGCAGCUGGAGGUGUUGCAGGAUGCUGUGCCAAGACUACCAUUGCUCCUCUGGACAGAAUCAAGAUUCUUCUUCAAGCCCAGAACCCUCACUACAAACAUCUAGGAGUGUUUGCCACUCUCAAAGCUGUGCCACAGAAAGAAGGCUUCCUUGGCUUGUACAAGGGUAAUGGGGCAAUGAUGGUCAGGAUAUUUCCAUAUGGAGCCAUCCAGUUCAUGGCCUUUGACAAAUAUAAAAAGCUUCUAAGUAAACGGAUUGGGAUCUCUGGUCACAUCCACCGCCUCAUGGCGGGAUCUAUGGCAGGGAUGACUGCGGUGAUAUGCACUUACCCUCUGGAUGUGAUCCGAGCUAGACUGGCCUUCCAGGUGACAGGAGAGCAUCGCUAUACUGGAAUCGCCAAUGCCUUCCACACCAUCUACCUCAAGGAAGGGGGCGUCUCGGGCUUCUAUCGUGGACUUAUUCCAACACUUAUUGGGAUGGCCCCUUAUGCAGGUUUCUCAUUCUUCACCUUCGGCACCCUGAAGAGCCUCGGCUUGAAACAUUUCCCGGAGCUGCUGGGACGACCUUCCUCAGACAACCCCGAUGUCCACAUUCUGAAAACACACGUUAACCUGCUCUGCGGAGGGAUUGCCGGUGCCAUCGCUCAGGCAAUAUCGUACCCAUUGGAUGUGGCUAGGAGAAGAAUGCAGUUGGGAUCCAUACUUCCUGACUCUGAUAAAUGUGUAUCAUUGAGCAAGACCCUGGCGUACGUGUAUAACAAGUACGGUAUCAAGAAGGGAUUGUACCGAGGCCUUUCUCUCAACUUCAUCCGUUGUAUACCCUCCCAGGCCGUGGCCUUCACCACCUAUGAGUUCAUGAAGCAGACCCUCCACCUAAACUAGUCUCUGUUUUUAUACUUUCCGAGUUGUACCUGGGCCCGUCCGCUCCGAGUCAUUACGCAGAUCAACCUCAAUGCUUCCAUCGCAGAGUGAUCGGAGGCUCACUCUUUUGUCUUUGGUGUGGGAAUUGCCUUUUCCUUGAGUUCAAUGAAGGCACCAAGGAGGUCAAUUCACUAUGAAAGAGGAAAGGGGGUAUCAGGCAUUAAGGGACUCUUUGUCUGUCCUAUUUCAUUACUUCUUACUUCCUGCUUUUGUGUGUACGCCACCUUUUUUUAAAGAGAAGAUGUAACUAAACACAUGACAUGUGGCCUGAACUUGAGCAACUCCCUCAACAGUGUGUGAAUCCAGAAGGUCGGCUGCUCGUUUGGUUGGUUAGAUGGCUUGGGGCAAAGAUUUGGUCAUUUACAGUGUUGUUGGCAACACAACUACAACCUACUGGUUGUGUAGAAGCCCCCUCAUUCACACAGGUGUCCUCGUACUCUUCAUGGUUUUAAGAUGGACUCCAGCUUAGAAUGAUCACAUUUGCAGUGUCUUUCUAAUCAGUGUCUUUACAUAGAAAGUAACUCCAUAAUGAUGAUUGGCUAUUGUUGAAAUGUGGAUGGAGUUUUAAAUAAUCUGAUUUAUCAUAUUCUGUUUCCUCAGAGCUUAGCGUGUCUUUAAAUUUAGGGUGCAGGUUUUGGGUGUCAUUUCUUUAGACAAAGUUUGUUUGUGCGUCUUACCUAUUGUCCUCUAUACAAAAUCUAAAAUUAAUAUAAUUAAUCUGCAGUUUUUAAAAAAAUAUGCAGUAACUGAGGUGGCACAUGAUUUCAGUUUCAAACUAUUUCACAUUUUAUUUCCAAACCUUGAUUUGGAGCAGUUUUCGUAUGUGUUUUCAAUUGCUGAAAAAAAUGUUUUUGUUAAUGUGCACUUAGACUAUUUUUGUAUGUCGAUGUAAUGAUAUUGAUUUAUGUACACUGUUUCUCAGCUGUGAUCAGAAAUAUAUUUGUAGUUUACGGCAUUUUACCAUGAUAUGACAUAUCUGGAGGGGCGUGAAGGCACUCAGGAGAAAUUUGCACUUCAUCACUAGCUUUUUCUUCAUUUAUUUAUUAAUUUAGUGGCCUGUUGCCACUGGGUGGCAGCAUUUCAUAUGCAUUGUAUUAUUUACCGUCAGAGAUGGACACAAUAUUCAUAUACACUUAUACAUUUCUCUACAAAGCAAGUCACAACAUAGUGAGUAUAAUUUAUGCAGUGAUUUUAAACCAGUUCAGCUGAAACUACUAAUGAGAGCUUCUGGAUGGCUUUUUGGAGUUAUUGUCACACAAAUGCUCCACGCUAAUUACUGAAUGAGUGAUUUGUGUGUUUUAUUGGAGUUUCAGUUGAUGCCUCUGCUUUUAGAUUGCUGUAUAUGAAUGGGGGAGAACCUUUUUUUAUUUGUGUAAAAUGUAGCAUGUCUAUGUACGACCACCGUUUUCUUUAUAUCUACUAACAAGUAGUUUGUUCCCCCUCUAAACUUCUCUGUUUCAUUUGAAUAAUUGCUGGAGGCCCAAAGAGUUAAAUGUACCCAAUAUUUCACAAAAAAACUAAAUUUAUAGGAAAGUCCAAAUGCAAAUCUGUUCAGAAACAAUCCACUAAUUUUGUCUGCCUUGGAAUAAAAUACUUGAUCUUUCACAGUUAAUGCUGGGUUUUUGUCACGUCCACAAAGUCUAUCAAUCCUUCAAGAACAGAUCACCUCUGUUCCUGCUGCUCAGAUGAUUACAUAACAGGAAUAUAUUUGUAUAUGUAAAUUCCUGCUAUGUUAGAUGUGACUGAAAAAAAAUAUACAGUAUACUUUUGAGAAUGAUAUAACAAUGAAAAUGUCUUUUUUUGUUGGUCUGUUUUGUGUAUUUCUGUUUACAUAUGUACCAACGCUUGUGUCUUCAUUUUGUCUCUGAGUGUGAACAUUUAAAGGAUCUUGUCCAAUA